GUCGUCAAGUUUCAAUAAGACAUCACGAUCCAAUUUUGUCCCAGUCUGGAAACCAGGACCGAUGACUGCGAAAUCUUGUCUAUCUAAGAAAUCUGACUCGAUGACGAAAGCCAUCUUCAAAGUUCCCACGUGCUGCUUCCUCUUUCUGUCCCUUUCUUUGCCCCAGCCCAAGGUUGACUUUUCCCGAGCUCGAAAGGUGUUUGUUCUUUAACGGGAUGACGACAUAAUUCAUGAGUUGUGUACAGGUAGACAUCACGUGAAUGUCUUGAAGUGAGCUUGUGUGUGGUGGAUGGUGUCCCACUGCCAGUGGUGUGGGACCGCAGCUCGGCUUGGCGUCCCUUUUGAAAUUAAUUCCGUAGAUAAUUCAGUGGUCACAUGAUCCCGUUGUUCGAGCCCCGCCUAGACCAGAAACGUGUCUGCGUUUGUCGUGUCUCCGAGCGCCAGGCCGAUUUUACGUAGCUGAAAAUGGAUGGAGACCAGCCUCUAGACCUGUCAAAGGGUUCGCCCAGUAAGUCAGGCACCCAGCAGACAACUGCAUCAGCCAGCCAAGCGAGGCCCCCACGCCCUGCAGUGUAUACGCAGCCACAGGUUCCACAUCCCCAUGAUAAACAGUAUGGAUCCCAGCCCACCAGCCACAUGUACGGGAUGGAGCGGGUCUCACACAGACUUCCUGCUAACACCAGACCCAUCGGAUCUCACCAGCUUCUACAUCAUCACGGUCAGCCACAAGGAGGGACCCCUGUGGGGUUUGCUGUCCCAGACAGAAGAGCCCUUGGGAUGCCAGGAGUGGAUACUAAGGCAGGGGGACCCCCCAAUACACACCCUCCACUGUACAGCACCAGUGCAAUGGGCCGGCCUGGACAAGCUGUGGAGAUACUGGACAGUAGACAGUCCUACCAUCCAGCCAUGCCCAUGAGACCAUCCCGCUCUCCCGUAGCCCCACACACGGGCACAGAACGAGCACACAGUAGUCAAGCCCCUGUAAGAAUGCCUGUGGACAGUAGGUUAAUGAUGGGUGCAGCGGAAACCUCCAUCAGAGCGAUGAACCCUGGGAGCCACGGCAGCACAACCCUGAUGCCUGUGGACCCCACAGGAGCCAGACAACCCAGGAUUGGUGCCAUGCCUUCCUCACAGAGUCCCAACAGACUGGUAGCCUACAGUGCAGAUUUACAGCGUCAGGUCCAGUUGUCUGUCUCCGCGCAGCCUGUUCCCGCCAACCCACCAGAGUUUGUCACCUUGAGACAGCACCUCGAAAACAGACGAUUAGAAGGUAGUUCAGAUAUUGUAGCUUCGCCGAGAACUUCAAAGGUGGUGUCUGAUAUGAUUGCUCAUAGCCCGAGGGUCGCAGUUUCUGAUCAAGGUGACAAACACCAGAGCACUUCAGCCACAACUACAGUGUACUCGGCCCAGCCUACACAGCAUUAUCCUCCAGACGUUAUCAACAGGUUGACCAGAGGAAUGCCACAUCCUGCCCUCGUAGCAGUGCAGAGACAACCAAAUUUUCAUCCUUCUAUGGCCAUGCAACAUGGCCCAAGGCUGUCUUCACCACCUCCUCUUAUCCACGCUCCAAGAAGUGGCUCUUCCAGUGGACAGAAGGAUGAUGGGGCCAAGUCCUCGUUGUCCAGUGACUCUGAUCAGAAAAGAAAAGCGAGGGAAAUCCCUCCACAAGCCACAGAUUAUCGCCGGGCGGCUCAGAUGGUCCCGGUGGACUACCCCCCACCCCCGCCUUACGUCCAACACAGACAGGCCCACCACUUCCAGGGCAUGCAGGCCUCCAGCGAGGCUUCCUACAAAGACAGAGCACUGCCUCAGUACACGACGGCACGCCAGCAGCAGGACUAUAAGGGGUAUGCCAUACAAGGUGUAGCCAUGCCUCCACGGGUCAGCACUACAGAGGAGGCCUCCAUCCCUGUCCAGCAGUACUUCAUGCCAGCUGCCCACCUGUCGCCCAGGGGCAGCAUGGCACACAGACAGCCAAACGGUGACAUUGACAUGAGACGGGUGCAGGGGGAUCUCAGACCCACUACUGUGGCACACCCUCCACCUCUCAUCAGUGUUGCCGGGAGUGUCACGAACGCCAGCUUCACCCAGAGAGGAGGAACUCUCACAGUAUCGGCACAGGGCAGCAGGGGAAUCCCCGCCACUUCUGUGCAGGCAAACGCCUCGGGUUAUAUGCCUCAGCAGAGGGAUAACGGGGUGACGUUAGUAGCACAGAUCGUAGAGAAGCAGUUACUGGAUGACGGGCGGCAGUCGGGACGCGCGGUGCCGCCUGCCUGGAGAUUCAAGCACAGACGAGACCCUGUCUACCAGCAGAUGAAUGGCAUUCCGUCAGCUUCAAAGGCUCCUGAAACUUCCAAGGUCAACAUUCCAGAUGUAAUAGUAAUAGAAGAUGACUCUCCACCAAGCUCUGUUAAGACUGACAGUGAGCCCCAGCCCACAAACACUGCCCACAGCAGAGAACAAACCAUCAGUGAAGGGUUGGUAGGGAAGAGAAAGUCUGAUUCUGCUGUAAACCCUAUCUCUAAAGUAAUGAAGGGGACUUCGGGAGAAAAGGCGGUACCUGCCAAGCAAGGACAACCCCCUCCUAUUCACAAUGUUCCCUCAUCCGUCAGUGUUAACACACUAUUAUUUGAUAGUGCCCUUGCCCUCACCUUACAAUCAAAGACUCUUGAGAAGCAAAUAGCACAGCACAUUGUGACAGAGAAUCAGAGCUCGACAGUGUCACACGUGAACACUUCAAACCCUCCACGGAACAUUUUUAAUGUAUUUACAUCAUCUUCUUCUAUAUCAACUCCGUCUUCUACUCAGACUAAAGCAGAGUACAGUCAGUCCGAGCAGCCUCUUGCACUUACAGUGAAGCCAUCUUCUUCUACUAAUACAUCAAAUUACAAGAAGAAAAGGUGGAACAUUGAUGCCUUGAAGCAGAAGCCAGAAAGUGGUGCAGAAAAUCCCAGUCAAGUGGGACCUACAACUACAAGUGAAAUCAGUAAAGGUGCAAAUGUGCACAACACACCAGGAGGUGACAGUGCUUCACUGGCAACAAGUUCCCAGUCAUCACAAAGACAAGUAACCAAAAGUCCCGAGGUACCUCUGAAACCGAUCAAGCCAAAACAGCAGUGGGCACAUUCCAGGAAGCUGAAAGAAGUGGAGGCCUUACAGAAGGAUGCUGAGUGGCAGGCUGGCCCAAGUGAAAGGAGCAGCGUCCGUCAAUCAAAGUCUCUAGCCACAGCUAUUAUCAAAAGUGUGAUAGAAGAUGAAGAGAUCACAUCAGGGAAGUACAAGUCUUCUGAUUCUAAGACGCCAAAACUUCCCAAGAAACCAAAACCAAAACUAGACUCAGUAGAAAAGAAACCCGCAAAGCCAAAGGAACCACAGCCAUCAACUUCUAAAGUCAAUGAGGAUGAAUUUAGUGAUUUUGAUGAUGACGAGGAUGAUGAUGAUUUGGAUGAUGAUUUGGAGGACUUCAGGAGGGGGAAAAUUUCAGAAAUUGUACCUGAUGUGGAUGACAUUGAAGGAAUGCUGUUUAUGUCAUUUUGUUCUAAAGAUGCUCUUCAUGCCCAUGUUGCUGUAGAGGAGAAGACAAGGCAAGAGAUGGGCGACAAGGGUCGAGAAUUCCUCAUGGACAUAACUAAGUUCAAAACCUUGAAUCUACCUCCAAAAAAUAAGCGGAAGUUGAAAGAGGUUGGCCAGGCAGAGUUGUUUCGACACAAAGGGAAACAUGGCAUGAGGGGAAUACACAACAGGAUUAGGAAGUAUGAAAGAAUGCUUAAACUGGAGCUGAAGGCUCUGAAGACAGGCAAACCAGCACAAGAUAUAGCACCGAUAGAAACACUAGAACAAGAUGAGCUCAUUCCACCCGAGGAGAAACCUCCUGGAGUGAAUAAAGUCAAGACUCCUGGAACUGGCAAGAAGACUAAGAAAGCAACCACUCCUGGAAGCAAGACAGGCACACCUGGUAAGGUAAAAAAGAAAAAGGUUGUCACCCAGGCAGACGGAAAGGAGAAGACGCCAGGCGCAAAAUCAGGCAAGAAAGGAAAGAAACCUGUCACUACUCCAGAAAAAGACAUAGAUGGCAGUAUAGUGGCUGCAACUGUUAUAAAAAUAAAGGAGGAAGUAUUGGAUACUAGCACUGCUGAUGAGGCAGUUAUGACAGAGGAACUGGUACCACAAAACAGCAGUGAGUCAGUUACAGACAUACCAAAAGCAGAGAAAACUCCUGAAAAGUUUCUCUCCAAGAAAGGCAAAACAACAGAUCCAACCAAAAUCAAGGGCUACAAGAAAAAGAAGAAGCAGAAAGCCCUUACAGGUGAGGACAUUGAGCUCCUGGAAAACACUCCUUUUGAGAAGCUCCAUUGGAAGACUCAAGAACGACUCCUGUGCUGCAUGACUGAAGACCAGAUAAAGGAAAGAGGGUUGCAAGCACAGGUGCUUAGAAUGAAAGAAAGGAAAACUGAAGGAUUCAUUCCAAAGAAGCUCAGAACAAAGAAACGGAUGAAAGAAUUGGAGCAAAGCCGAAAUCUUGAAGCUAGUACUAGUGGGCUGCCCAUGGCUGACGAAGAUGAGGAGGAAGAGCAAGAGAUUCUUGAUGAUGACAGUACAGACAUUUACAACUUUUAUGGUGAAGGUGAUGAUGAUGAUGACCUGGAGAAGCCUGAGGAAAUAGAGCAGAUGGCAGAAGAGAUGCCCCUCUCCCCUGUGGUCGACACUGUCUCCAAGAUGGGACCAGAACUGAUUGGUCCAGCAAGAGAAGAGGCAGGAUGUAAGAAGUCAGCAUUUGUCAGUGAUGAGUUGGAGAAGUACCUUGCGACAGAGGGAGAGAUAUUUAGUAGCAAGUGCAGCAAAGUUACCUUCACUCACCCCCUGAUGCACAACAAGGCAGAAAAUGUUGCUUUCCAAACUCCUUCUAAGCAAGGUGGAUUUGUCAAGAGUUUGGACAGUGUGGUGCAAAAAGCAAAUUUCAUCAAAGGGACUGGACAGAAAGCUAAGUCCCCCCUCCAGCAUGGCACCCAGAUCAGGAUUGUCAACAGCAAGAUGGUGAAUAGGAAGCCAGCUCUCCUCUCUAAAUCGUUGAAGCCUGUGCCAAAGAAAACAAGUAACGCAGGGACAAAGUCAGCUCUGUCCAAGUUGAAAGCGUCCUUGAUGAAGUCUCACCCAACAGCCAGAAGGGCCAGCGCUACCACAGCCCCCAGCGGUGAUGUGACAGUUGUUAGCCCUACCCAGGCUGCCAGUGCAGCUUCAGCAUUAGACGAGUCAUUCGAGAUGGGCCAGUCUCCCACCCACUCUAGCCAGUGUGGAGAAUCAAGCAUGAGGAAGUCUACUAAAGUAUUGAAAACUGUGAAGGAACCUGUGUACCAGUUGUCUUCCCCUCGGAGGGAAGAAGAGUUCCAGGAAAAACCACCUUGCAAUAACAACUUCUGUAGGCUUGGCUGUGUUUGCGACAGUAUUAAAGACACUGGGGAUGCUAGCUGUGAGAAGGAGCACUGUGGAAAGGUUGACUGCAUGUUUGGCUGUGUCUGCACAGAGGAGGAGAAAGAUGAGAGCAGAAGGCGACCACGGCGGCCAUCUGAAUCAUCCAUGAUGUACUUUGACUCGGCGGAGCCAGAAGACAGCCCGGCGGCAACAAAACCGUUAGAAACAGAUGUCCUUGACAGUCUGGAGGGGAGAAAGGUGAAAAGUCCAAAAAACAAAAGGACUCCUGGUAAGAAGAGAAAUGGAUUACAACAGACAUCAAAGGAGUCUGCAAGUGAGCAAACCUCUGGAAAGGAAUCUGACAGUGCUGGGACUUCAACCAGCACCGAUGGAAGGGAGAAGAAAAGGAAAUCCAGUACCAAAGGUCAGAACAGACAACCAAAGAAGAAGAGGAUGGUGAAAAAGAAGGCAAAGUCAGAGUCUUUAGAAGGGAUCUCUGCGGCUCAGUCAAAAUCCUCCUCUAAGGUCACAAGGAAGGAGUCUGAAGAUGGCAUUAAGGAGCAGGACACAUCAGAAGAGGGUUUUUUAGAGGACAGGUUUAUAGAUGAGGAUGAGGAAGAUGCUUUGUUCAUUGAUGACAUAGUGUUGGAUGAGAUAGAUGAUGAUGAAAGGGAGGAUGAGGAUGGAGAUGAUGGUAUGACGUGUGCCCGAACAAGACUGUAUCAGACCAAAGUCUGCCAGAGGAAGUGCAUGUGUAAACAACAUGGGAACUCCCCAGAGGAUGAGCGGUGUGAGGCAGAGAAGGAGUGGAGUAAGAUCAGAGCAGGGAUCGAGAGACGGAAGGCCAAGGAGCAAAAACCUGGGGCGGGAGGCUCCGUCACCGUCGUGCCCAACAGGAAGGUGCAGCCCUACAGAGAGUUUGUGUACGUCGGACCUCGUCCACCCCCGCCAGACCUGAGUCCGACGGCCCGUUUGCCGCGCAUCGCGCCCGCGCCACCUCCCGCUCCCCCUCCCCCUGCAGCCCCACCCUCAUCAGCACCUGCUGCUGCAGGGGCCAAGUCUGCCAAUGGAGGGAAGCUGAUUGAAAUCAUCUCAGACUGCAACUGGGAAAGUGCCAAGGCAAAUAUCCUCCAGACAAUAGCACAGCACAGUCAGAGGAAUGAUGGGCCCAGGGUGAUGAGAGUGGGCAACUUUCUCAUUGAGAUCAUGCAGCCCAAUCCUCAGGGGAAAAUUCCCAUCCCAGCCGUGCCAGGUGCGGGCCCACCUGCGGGAAUGAGAUUUCCAGCACCAACAGCUGUAGGUAUGAGUCCGCAGGGGCCGGCACGAAUCCUCCCUUCAUCCACCAUGGCAGCAGCUGUCCCUCAGUCAGGCAUGCUCACAGGUAGUCAGGUUUCGGCAGUGCCCUCUGUCUCUGCCACUGGAACUGCAGCAGCUGAUGCCUCCCAGGCAUCCACCACGGCUAUUGUUGGCAAGGUUGCGUUGGUACAGGGUGCGGACGCCACUCCUGAUUCCCUUCCCAGUACUGAAAGCCUUUUGACUUCCGAUAAUAGUCCCGUCCUUCAGCCCAUCCCAAGAGCUGUGACAUCCCCCGUUCAAAACUGUGCUGUCCAACCGACUCAGGACACAAAGGAGAUGCAGUCACCAUCAGCAGAGAAGUCACAGUCAGUUGAUGAGCCCAUGAACCUGCAGGACCCACCAUCACUCAAGAGGCAACCCGCUGUCAAUUCUUCAUCCUCCUGCAAGCCAUCAGCAGAGGCAGAAGAGCACCCUCUAGCAGCUUUGAGAAGCCUUGCAGACUCUCCCUUUGGCACGGCAUCCACCACUGUUACAGUGACAUCGUCACCCAUGGGAAGUGCUGCCACUUCACAGACCUGUCACUCCUCCUUCUCUACAACAUCACCAAAGUGUUCCAUCAUUGAGAAUCCCAGAUGUAGGUCGAGAAACGAUUCAGGAGAUGCCACUGUUAAUGACUCAUUAGAUCCAAUCAUGGAGCAGGCCAAAGCAGCCAACAGUAGCAGUCAUGAGAACUUGACAGAGGUGUCCCCUUGUAAAGAUCCAUCCAGCCUGCCUGAACUGGUUCCCAGACCUCAGACCCCUCCUGCUCCCCCUGAGAAGAGAUACUCUCCCUCUAUGCCAGUGCUAGAACCAAUAACUCCCCCCAGACCAAUGCGAGAUGGAGGUAAAAGCAAACUAAGCUGCCUGGAGGCAGAUGCUAUCGCGCUACGCAAGCCAUUUGUGAAACAAUUUGCAACAACAAGUUCAGAUUCACUGAAAGAAAUUCCGGAUGGUGUACAGCGCGUUAACAUCAUACCAAGUCUACAGAAGGCAGAUACUUUAGAACUCCCCACGGCACAGGGUGGUGACGAGACACAGGAGCAAUGUACAGAAAUCACCAGUACGUCCAACCAGGUGGAAGGAUUUGUUGAGGCAGAUUUAGAGAACAACAAUAACCUUGACUGGGACACCAAUCAAGUACUGUCUCUUGAGAAUGAUGAAGCUGAUCGGUCCCAAAGUCCUGAAGAUGCAAAAGAUUCAAAAAUAAGCAUUGUUACACCAUCAGAGGAAGAAGUCACACAGCAAAAUGUGAAGGAUCUGCCUGAUCAGAAACUUGCAGACGGUGAGCAACAGGAUGAAACAAGAGCCAGCACUUUCCAUUUUCAUAGUCAGUUGCCAUCACAACAUGAGGAACAUGACCCUGCUGAUUUGAGUCAUCCUUCCACAAGUGGAGAAGUUAUGAGUUUGGAAGACCUGGAGAUUGACAUCGAGUCCCUAGAAGACACAGAGGGUAGCCAGGCAGAUUUCUUGAUCUCCAUUGGAAACGACGACUACAGCAUGUUGAUAAACCCCAAGUGCACCCUCCACAACCUGUCUGUGAAGAAGAAAAGGAAGUCACCUCUUAAGGAGAAAGAAGUAAAAGCUGACGAGGUGCAGUUCCAUGAGGGGGCGCUCCCCCCGGAGCCUGAUGAAGACGAGGAGGCCCUACAGAGGGAGGGGCCGAUGCGACUCAUCCACAAAGCCAACGAGCGGCGACGCCGGUCAGAAAUGAAGGACCUGUUUGACAAGAUGAAGUCAGUUCUGGGAUACGAUGAGGAGUACAAGAUGUCCAAAUAUGCUGUCUUGAAGGAGACAGUGGAGGAGAUUGGGAACCUUCUGGAGGAGGAACAUGAUCUGCUGAUGCAGAAACACCAGGAGAGGCUGACGUUUCAGGACCUGGCGGAGAAGAUGGCCAAAAUAACAGGACAAGAGAUGGAUGACAUCAUGAAGACCUACUGGACUGCUAGUUCCUCCAUCUGGCUGGAUGCUAAGGAGCCACCCCCUCCUGUGGUCAGGCCCAAGCCCCCGCCCCCAGCACCUAAACUGGAGUUCAUGCCGUCAUCCAAACCUGGGAGUGGGUCCGAGUCUGGGGACAGGCAGGACAGACCUUCCAGGCCAAGCUCAACAUCAAGCAGUUCAGGUUCCAGACCAGGCACUCCCACCGGAACCCUCCAGAAGGGCAGGACAGAUGCUGUCCGCACGCUCCGCAAAGCUUCCGCCAACGCUGCCCUUCAUGUCCAGUCUGGAAAGGUGAAACCCUUCAACGUAACAAAGCUGACACAGUCUAACACUCCUCCUCAGGCUGCUGAGAGAAGCAAGCCCCUCAUCCUGAAGACGAAGCCAAGCACCAAGAAUAACAAAGUAGUCGCCACCUCCCCGGGAGCACAACUGGUCACUGGUAACAUCAUGGCCAGUGGUCAGCCGGUCACAAUACCUGUGGCCACAGUCAUGCCUCAGCUGGUCCCAUCUGUGAAGCCAACAGUGACUCCUGUAAUCAUCAGCGUGCAGUCGUUAGCUGUGAGCAGCAGCCAGAGCUCUAUGGCAGCCCAAACCUCGAGUAACUCCGCUCCCACCAGGCCCAUGGCUGCGAGCACUCCAGUACAUGCACAGGUGGCACCUGGCAUGCCUCAAGGCCCACAGCUGUCCAGCCAACCUGGUACCAUGGUUGGUGUGAUGCAACCAGUGGCACAGGUGCAGCCAAACAACUCAGCUGUACAUCCAAACCAGCCAGUGACGUCAAUAUCUAUGUGUCAACAAGGUCAGCCUAGUGUGGUGUCCCAAAGCACAGUUUCCUCCUCACUCCCCGGUAAACUAGGUGCUGUUCCCCCACAGCAAGGCUCUCUAGCUGCUCCAUACAAAGCACCAGCAGUGCAACAUGUGAGCAACCAAAGCACAGCUUCCGCUGGAAACCAGACCGGUUUGGUAGGCGCAAAACAAGCAAUGAUAAGUUCAGACCUUGGAACAUCCCUGCCUCAUGGACCACCUGUUGGUGUGGUGUCGGCCUCUCAAACUGCAGUGGGAUCUCAGGGCCCAGCAUCCGGGUUUGGGUCCAUGAUGGCAACAUCAACUGGAGGGUUACAACCUAAAGGCCAAAACAUGCAGCCAAACAACACUCUGCAAGGCCAGGGAAAUAUGAACAAUGGUCCUGCUGGGCAAAUAGUAACACUUGCUGGUAAACCGGGUCAGUUCCUUGUCACACCUGUGUCGGGACCACAGGGGGCUCUCUUGCUCCAGCCAAUAGGGAGGCUUCCAGCCAAUCACGGGGCAGCCACCAGCAUGCAGAACGCUGUGACAACUACAAGUCAGACUCCUGGACAAGGUUUUGCUGGACAAAUGACCUCCAGCUCUGUUCAGCUACAACAGGGCCAGCCAAUCCCCCAUUCACUGGUCCCAGUGUCGGGUGGCCAGCCUGUUCAGCUGAACUCUCCAUUGCCAGCUGCACACAGUGGUAUUCAGCUGGUGGCCCUACAGAGACUGCCCAUCAACCUGUCCCAGGCAAAUGUGUCUGUGAGCUCCCAGCCUGUGUACCUACAGGUUUCUCCAACCCUCAGUAACAUUCAGGCUGCAGGUAACCCUCUACAGACAACAGGGACCAGCCAAACCAUGCAGCAGAUCUCCCCUCUAUCACCCACUGCAGUGAGACCCCUUCAGAUGAUGGCUUCUUCUGUCCCCCAGGCAAAUGUAACGCAGGCUAACUCACAAGGCAUCACAAACUUGACUCCAAGCCAGAUGCACCAGCUUAGCGGCAGUUUCAUGAGAGGUCCUGCCCCACAGAUGUCCCCAGUAAUGCAAACCAGCCAACAGGGGUCUGUAUCUCAACUAAGACCUGUCCUCCCUACCCUUAGCACACCCAACUCCCCAUUUCAACACAACCAAAGUUACGGUCAAUCUCCAAACCAGUUAACGCCAUCUUUCCAACCUGAUGGCAGCACUCAGAAUAGCCAAGUAUCCGGGCCCUCACAGACUUCUACUGGCCAGUACCUUAACCAGACUUCUCCGUCCUCCGUGUCUUCCCCUGGAGUGGAUAUCCUGUCUGCAGCUGUGUGUGAAGCCGGGCUGCAGUCGGACUUCGUCGACCCGCAGCCACCGACUGCCACGCAGCAGGCUGCCAGCGCACCCCCCUCUACAGAACUGUCGACGCUGUCCACUGUGAACGUGGAGCUGCUGAUGCCGGCAGACCAGCCAGGUGGCUCUUCCUCAUCCACUGGACCAGGCACUUACACAGAAAAGAAUGCAGAACUCUCCAAGGAGGAUUCACCAAGACUGUCUUCCAAGUGACUUGCUGAUGCUGCUGGAUUAACCAUGUGGUUUUGCUGCUCUUGUACGAUGAUGUAUGACUAGAAAGAUUAAGAUUCUGUUAAACAUGGUACCUGCUGAUUGCUCUAUACCAUAAGAUAUAUUAGAUAGUCUCUAUUAUGGUACAGUUGCCAAAGUGUUGUUCUCUACAUUUCUGUUGUAAGGGAAAGACUCCAACCAAGAAAAUUAACUAGCUCUGAGAAACUCUUCUUUUCGGAAGACGUCUUUGCUUACUACUGCUGCUAUGUGUAUAAAAGUUGAGAUGUAUAGGUAUACUGUUAGAGAUGGUAAUGAAAUAAUGUCGUACAGUAAGUGGAUUUAUGUGUCACUGAUGAAAUUCUUCAUUCAAAGUAAAGGUGGUCCAUUUUGUGUCUAAGACAAUUCUCAAAUUUAAGAUGGUGUAAGAAUGAACAUUUUUGUUUUGGGUUACAUCAUGUUUCUAUAUGGAGAAGAUGUUGACUACCCAGUGACCAUGUUUUAUUGUAACCCUUAUGCUUUAUCCUUGUGAUGUUGAUAGACAGUCUUCUAGGUAUUUUGGAAGAUCAUUGUCACAUUGUCUGUAAUAGUCUGUCUGACAGUACUUUGGAAAAAAACUGUUACAUGCUGCUGUGAUUGUACUUGUUCAGUCCCUCUACUGAAAGUAAUCUGCCAAGCAUUGCCUUAGAUCUGUCACUAACAAUGUUUGUAAACUGACUUGUACAAGAGAAGAAGAUUCCCUGAUGUUUGCUUCUUGAUAAUGCUCAUUGACUUGUUUAACCCUCCACAUUGCAUCAAAAGAUGUUUUUAUUGUUAUGUCAAAAUUUUCAAAUUAAGGUUGAGGAAACACAAAAUGUGUUGAAGGUGACAAAGUGAAUGAAGUCAAAUGAAGUCAUAUGGUAAGGUAUGAGCCAUGAGGUGACGUUUUUUGGACAGAGGUACUAUUUUUCAGUUCUUAAAAUGCUGUCCAUCAGGACCGUAGUAAUCAGUAAAUAUGGCAAUGGAUGGCUAUUGUUUCGUAAGAUGUUAUUGAUGCAAUACAACAAUGAGUGAGAGAUGUAUUUAUUUGGCCCCACCAAACGCUGGUGCUUAUGAAGCUCUGGUUAUGUCCAGUUGCAACAUCCAUGUGUACAUUCGUAAAAUAAAGUUAUGUUAUUUUCUGA